CACUGGUCUUUAGCUUAUUAUUGAAAGAAAUGACGUCGGUUAAUAUUCUAUUAAUGUUGAAAUUCUACCAUAUAAAAAAACAAGUUCCAGUUAUCUAAUGAAAGAAAUUAUUAAGCAAUCAAAUAAUUGCAAUGUUCAAGCAUUCUGUUUUAAGGAUAUUUAGUCUGAAAGUUGGGAGUAGCUGCCGCAAAAUGAAUUCUAUUCAAACGAAACCGUUCACCGUCUUCGUUGAAGGUAAUAUUGGAAGCGGUAAAACGACGUUUUUGGAACAUUUUCGACAGUUUGAGGACAUUACCCUAUUGACUGAGCCCGUGGAAGAGUGGCGCAAUCUGAAAGGAUGGAAUCUUUUGGACUUGAUGUACAAAGACCCAGCAAAAUGGGCAAUGACAUUCCAAUCUUAUGUAUCACUGACCAUGUUGGACAUGCCGCCCACAGUGACCCCUGUGAAGCUCAUAGAGAGAUCACUGUUCAGCGCCCGGUACUGCUUUGUGGAGCACAUGAAUCGCAGUGGAACUCUUCACCCGGCACAGUUUGCUGUACUUGACGAGUGGUUUAGAUUCAUUCAACAUAACAUCCCUAUUGAGGCUGACUUAAUUGUGUACCUGAAAACAACUCCAUCAAUUGUUCACGAGAGGAUCAAAAAGAGGGCUCGUUCUGAGGAGCAGUGUGUGCCGCUGUCUUACAUAGAAGAACUGCAUAAGCUGCAUGAAGACUGGCUCAUACAUAGAGUGCAUGCUGAAUGUCCUGCACCAGUGCUGGUACUGGAUGCAGACUUGGAUCUUUCGCAAAUAACAGAUGAGUACAAAAAGAGUGAACACCAAAUACUAAGGAAAGCUGUUAAUGUCGUCAUGAAUUCACCCAACAAGCUUAGCCCAAAGAAACCCAUACAUACUUCGCCUAUUAAGAUAGUUCCCCACAUGAGAGUAUUAUAAUGAUAGUUAAAUUGUUUCGUUAUUUAUUACAGUGUUUCUUUUUCUAUGUGAUCUUAAAACAACAAAAUGAUUAAGUAACUAAUACUUUAAUAGGUUAAGGUCAUAGUAGGAACAAGGCCUUGGUGAUGGGGAAGGUGGGGGAAUGAUAUCACAAAACCUUCCUUAUUUCACAUUGAUCCUUGAGAAAGUAAAAUAGAUUAUAAAUGUACAGUCAGCCAUAAAAUUAUCUGAACAAAUUCAAAACCUUAAAACGCUUCCACACAUUAAACUGUUUGAAAUAUUAUUAUUUCUUUAUCUAAAAUGAAGUAAUCCCAGUGAAGUUUAUUUAGGAAAGUUAUUAUGGAAUUUUGAAUUUUUCAGAUACUUUUGUGACUGACAGUACAUAAUUCUAAAUUUAAAAUACUGUGUGUCGUCAAUAAAAUUCUAAAAUUUGUGUACUGUAUCAAUAAAUGUGUAAGUUUAAAGGCGAAGGAUUCAGAAAAUGUAAACUUGACAAAAAUCAUAAUCUUCAAGGAAAAUGAAUCUGUGUCAACUGUUCUGUAGUGAUCUUAUUGUGUUUUAGAUAUAAGUUCGAUAUGAGUAUGAGAUUUCUGGGUGACAUUGAUCACAAAGUACUAUAAUAUAAUUAUGUUCAACAUACUUGCAAGUUGCAGUUAUUGAAAUGUAUGUGCCGAACCUACUGUUAUAGGUUUAUGAUCUUCCAUGUUUAUGGACCAAAAAUAUACUUACCAUAUUUUAAAACAUUAACACACUAAAUACCGUUUUACUCUAUUCUAUCUUACCAUAGUUUAAGGUAUGUGGUACAGUCAACACUUGCACACGUUUAGGUGUAAUAUCAGAUUUAUUGUGUUUUAGUUUAAAUAUUUUUGUUAAAAUUGUGGGCAAAGUAAAUUAUUCCGAAUUGACAUUUAUCUGAUGUAAUGUUACGGAUGAAAUGAAGGAAUCAUUGAAGUUUGGAAGGAGGGUAUGAAUACACCUUAAUCAGCUAUCAUAGCUUGUGAUAUAUGUAGUGGUCGCACAAAAAUGCCCUAUGAACAAAACUUUGGGACCCCCAAAUCUGGAAUAAGUAAAAUGCUGAAAUGUUUGGUUCCGACGCUCCAUGCUGCAGCUUAGUUUGCUAAGCGCCAAAACGGCUCUUUAACUACGCCCAUAUUGGUAUUUCUUUGUAAUGACUUCAAUGUUCUAACGUGUUGGCCAAUAAUGAUCUCUGAGGUAAGGGAGAAUGGAUAAAAACGGACAUUAGAACAGUUUUAAUACAAAUUACUAACAUAAUACGACAUAAGUUGAUGUUAGAAAUUUACCAUCCUAUGUGUUAGGAACUGUCAUGAUUCGGACACCAAUUUUGUAAUGUAAUACAAAGGCCAAUAACUUUUUAAUUAUAGUUCAAUAACGCUUACAAUUCCCAAUGACAGAGUUUUAAUAUAUUAAAAUUAUGAAUAAUAAUUUUAGUUUCACAGCUUAUUAUUCUUUUAGUAAUGAAUAAUUACUCACAAUGAUUAAAGCAUUGCCUUGAGCAUUGCACUGGUUUAGACAUGGGGAAAGUUCAUAUCCAAGUUUAGUGGACUUAUAAAGUAAUUCCUUGAAAAGGACAACUGAACUAAUAUCUAUGACUAUUACAAAAAUAUAUGACCUGUAAAAGUAAUACAAAAUUUAGUUUUAGAAACAUACAUUUCAAAUUAAACUUUGCUAGUAUCAUGAUUGACAUGUACUUUAUAAGAUUAUUCCUAUUUUUGACGUGUAAUUUUAUUAUUGCAUUUAAUCUUUUGAUUUGGGUUUUAAAAUUAUCUACAAUAACCUUAUCAAUUGCAAUGUAUGAUUUCGUAAAUAAAUGCUUUAAUUCAA